AUGAACAAUGCGUUUCACCCCAAACCUCUUCCUGUAGAGAUUGCGUUGGCAGUCAUCAUCGAUAGGAAACCCAGCUGUCCACAUAUAAUUGAAAUGCUGGACUGGCAGGACGACCCAGACUACUACUUAAUAGUCAUGGAGCGCCCCGUGCCAAGCAUGGAUAUGGCAAAACUUUUGAAAUGCAGCGGAGGUCGCCUCAAAGAGCAGAUAGCACAGUACAUCAUGUGGCAAGUCAUUUAUGCCGCUAACUUUUGCUGCAAUCGUGGCGUUUUCCAUCGUGACAUCAAGCUGGAAAAUGUGCUUGUGAACCUGACAACUUUGGAGAUCAAAUUGAUUGACUUUGGGUGUGGGAACCUCGUGAAGGAUUCAGGCUACAGCACCUGCUAUGGUACAAAACCAUACAUCCCUCCAGAAUAUCAUGACAGAGGCAGAUAUCACGCAAAGCCCGCAACAGUGUAUUCAUUAGGGGUGCUCCUGUUUACAAUGCUGCAUGGGCGUUUUCCAAAAGAUAGAGACUUGUACUGCUUGGGCAGCAACCAGUCUGUAUUUGCAGUGUCACAAGAGUGCAUCCAAUUUUUAUGGGCUUGUCUGCAGUGUUAUCCAGAGCACAGGAUUGCCCUGGAGCAGAUGAUUUACCAUGACUGGUUUGUGUUGGGUUUUCCCAAUGCCCUGCCAAUUAACAGGAAAGCAUCUAAACAGCAUUCACGUUAUCGAUGAGGAGUACAGUAUGUUCAUACUGUCAGUGUUGUUUCUGGCAAGAUGACAUGAGUGGCCUUUCCAUGCCUCGGCUGAGGCCUUAUUACUAGAAAAAUCAUGUAUUUAGAGAUGCAUGUAUAUUUUUUAAAGUAGUUUUAUACUUUUUCUAUUUAAAAUAUUUAUUUUAACAUGCCUUCACAUAGGCGUUAUGUGUAAAAUGGUUAAAUAUGUUAGGGAUCCUAAAAUGUUGUUUUAACAAAAAUAAAGUAUAUUGAAUAUAUUGUA